GGGUAAAGUUUGUUUCUAUUUGCUUGGUUUUGCUUGUGUUGCUCUUAAGUCUCUCACUUUUCAUUGGUUUCACUGUCUAAUUUGCUUGUUUAAUGGCUGCGGUGCCAUUCUGAUAUGUUCAACUUUAACCUUUCUGCUACUAAAAGUCUGUUGGGUAAACCUCAUUUGUAUUUGCUUGGUUUUGCUUGUGUUGUCUUACAUUACUCACUCUUCAUUGUUUUCACUGCCUAAUUUACUUGUUUAAUGGUCAUCAUACAAUACUCAUACACUCAACUUCACCUUUUCUGUUUGUAAAGAUCUGCUGUGUAAAUUUAUUUGUUGUUUAAAAUUCACUUCUAUUUCUCUAUAUUUGCUUGCAUUCCUCUCACCCUCCAUUGAUAUACUGCCUUGUAAGUCGUUUUUGAUGGCUGCGGGAUGUUAACUUUUACUCUUCUUGCUCAUAAAGGUCCAUUGUAGUAUGAAAUUCAAUUGUAUUUUGCUUAUAUUUGCUUGUAUAUUUCUCUCACUCUGCUGGUGUUAUUUUCUUGUAAGUUAGCUGUUUAAUGGUAGCUGUGGGGCGUAAAUGCAUCAAACUUAAUUUUUUCCACCUAAGACUUAAUUAUUGUUUGGAAUUCACUAGUAUUUUGCUUAUAUUUGCUUGCAUUCCUUUUGCUCUGCAGAUAUAUUUGUCUUGUAAGUUGCUUCGUGAUGGGUGUGGGGCAUAAAUGUACCAGAUCUAACUUUUCCUGCUCUCCAAAAGUUCAUUAUUGUUUGAAACACAUGUAUUUCAUUAUACUUACUUGUAUUCCUCUUACUCUUGUGCGGUGCCAUUGUCUUUAUAAGUUAUGCAUCAAAUUUCACUUUUCCGGCUCCUAAAAAUUAAUCGCUGUUUGAAAUUCACUUGUAUUGCAUUAGAUUGGCCUAUAUUCCUCUCACUGUUGUGCUCUGAGUCAAGGUGUUUAGGCGAAGGUCCUCUCAUUCUUGCUUUCCAUCUUUCCAGAGGUGUGGAGACGGCAGAGGGGGAAGGAAGCAGGUUCUCCCAGCUAUCCAGAGUAUCAGGCAGUAGAAUUUUUGCCAGUGAGUGAGAUAGUGAAACAACGAAACAGUGAGACAAUGACCCCUAACCGUGAACCAUCAACAUGAACCAGUGAACCAGUGAACCGGACUGGAUCAAGGAGAACUGAGCCAGUUUUAAAAGGACAAAUAAAAGGAUCGAUAAGUUUGAAGCCUGAACAAAUAAGAAAAGUAUGCGUGCGUGAUUCAGUCUGUCAGUGAGUGUGUGUCGUGUUGUGGUGGAAGACGCGUUGCCCGGGAAGAAGUGAAGUGGAAAUUCUGUUGAAGAUUUUGAAGUUUUAUUGAAGGUUUUUGAAGUUUGUGAAGAAUUUUGAAAUUCUCUUGAAGAUUUUUGAAGUUUUGAUGAUGAAUUCUGGAGUUUCGAUGAAGAAUUUUGAAGUUUUGAUGAAAAAUCUUGAAGUUUUCUGAAGAAUUUUGAAGUUUGAUGAAGAUUUUGAAGUUUUGAUGAAGAAUUUCAAGUGUUGAUAAAUAAUUUAGAAGUUUUGAUAAAGAAUUUUGAAAGUGUGCUAAAGAAGUUUUGUUGCACGAGUGAAGUUUUCCUGAAGAAGUUAAAAGUUUUCCCUGAAGAAACUGAAGUUUAUCCCUUGAAGAACUUAAGCAUUUCCUGCAGACGUGAAGUUUUUUCCUGAAGGACUGAAGUUUUCUUGAGCUAAAACCAGAAGACUUUAAUCUUUCCUCAAGAGCUGAAUCCCUGAAUGAAUGACGCUUUGCUGCACACGUAAAUGAGGUUCUCGAAAGUCGUGAAGCCUCCUGAAGAAGUAGACACAAUAUCCUGACGAAGUAGAAAGCGUUCCUAGCGACGAAACAUCACCUAAGGGAACCAACACACCCUGAAUGAGUACAGGGGCCCUUCAGAAGCGAAAAGAACCACCUGAGGGGAAGAAGCAAACCCAUAACCUUCCUUCAGUAGGAAAACAAAGUCACCUGACGAAGCAAAACACAAGAACCUUGCUGUAGAAGAGAAUAAAACUUGAAUACAACUAUACCUAAUGGAGGAAGUCAAUCCACAAAGCCUCCUUCAGUAGCAAAGUAACACUACUGACGAAGGAAAACACGAGAACCCUGCUGCAGGAGAGAAUAAAACUUCCAUGCAACCACACUAAUAAGGUCCUUGGAGUUUCGUGAAGGAGAGGCGAUAACUUACCUGCAGCACGUCAUAACACUACCUGACGAAGGAGGAUCAUUUACCAGAAAAUUACCUGCAGGAGACGGUCAGCUUCUCUAGAGGAGCGUGACACGUGAGGCGCCUCAAGUCAGUUGUUGGUGAGAGGAGGACAAGACUCAAGCCCUUCGUCGCCUCCUCCUCCUCCUCCUCCUCCUCCUCCUCCUCCUCCUCCUCCUCCUUCAGAAAUUAAAGAGUAAGAGGCGUUUCAUGGGCGCCUAAGUCCCAAGGGCGGCGUCCCUGGGCCAUGCUGUCGAAGCAGGGGCGUGCGUGGUGGUGGUGGCGGAGAGAGAGUUACCACGACUGCUCCUGACAGGGGAUGAGGGAGACGGCUUCCCGCUGGAGGAGGCGCCCCCCUUACUUCCUGGGGGUGGCGCCCUUCUAUGUUAAGCCGCCCAAGUACAUAGGUGAAACACUCCAGCAGAACCUUCAGCAUGCACAGGCCCUUGCGCGGCAGGGGAGGCAGGAGCAGCUGGAGCAGGACCGCCCAGUGUUCGUGCCGCCCUCUGCAGACAUGCCCGCGAGGCCCAUGAAGAAGAGCAGCUUUCAGAAGGCAGUGAGAAAAGUUGUACAGACGCAAGCCAUCUCAGAGGUGGAUGUGAGGGCGGCUAAGAAGCGUGUGCUGUACCCAACCAAGCCCAAGAGUUCCGUGCAGAAGGUGCCAGUGCUCGGGGGACAGCCCAUCACCCUGGAGACAGCCCUGGCUCUUCGGAAGCAAGUAUUUGGCAAUGGCGGCGAUAUGCUGGUUCCUGCCAUGAACGAGUGGCUGGGUCAGUCCUUCUGCUUCAACGAUGCCGACACACCGCAGGGCUACAGCCUCAUAAUGCAGAAGAACAGCGUCAAGGGCCUGGCCAUGUGUGUGCAGGGCUACAUCCUCAAGCAUCUCCUCUUCACGCGCCGCGGACCGAGAGCUAACACUGAUCCAACCGCGCUGCUGCGGGCGUCCACCAAGAUGCAGGAGGAGGCGCUGGUGGGGGCCCUUAGUGACAUCUUGUGGCGCGCCGGGGACAGACAGCACGUGGUUCUCUGUCUCACGCAGGAGAACACUUACCUCACUGAAAACCCUGAAUUCCAAGCUGAUGGAUGCACGGAGAGGGUCAAUACGUUCGACUUUAAGAAGCAGGAUGAGCUGACCUUCAAUCUUAAGAAAUAUCUGUUUGAGUUCCUCUCAGAAGACGGGAAUGGAAUGCUGCUUCUCCUGUACAGCGUUGUCUUGUCCCGUGGGUUUACAAAGCUGCAGGAGGACAUGGCAGGCGAGGACCACCCACUGAUAGAGACGAACGCCACAAUACACCCGUGCGUGGUGACACUGGUGCUGACGGGCCGCGCCACCCGCUACCUCCACAACGGCAUCAUAUACGAGGGCACCGAGGACACUAUGGCUAAACCCAAGACAGGGAUUUUGACGAGGAGUGAGAUUGGGCUGCUGGUGUGGGCGAGGAUGGACGGGAGCGGGGGAGGAGGGCAGGGGGCGGUGGGGUCACGCCUCAAGACCCCCUCCCUGCCUAUCUGGGUGACGCGCUGCAAUGACGCCUACGGUCUGCUCUUUAACCCCAACAGGGACCUCAUCAGGGACUACCACGCCGAGAACAGGUUUGAUCUCCACUACUUCUCGUCCACCAUCACCCAGACCGAUGCUACCAUUGUGACCAUCGACACGAGGAACCAGGUGGCCGUGGAGGAAUACAAUAGUCCACCCUUGGAAAACCUCAUCCACACCAAGUGGGCAGGAGCGGAUAUCAACUGGAACGGCACAACAGCUCACGUGUAGCGAUGCGGAACGUCAGCGCUAUAUGUGAGACGCGCCAGGCAGUGACUCUCGAAGGCCCACUCAACCACCUCGUCCCCGCCCUCUCCUCCGCCGUCCCCCGCCUCUCCCCCUCACACCACUGGAACCAGAAGUAGCAUUGAUGGCUGUCAUAACCUCAGUAGCAUCUUGUUUUGUUUCUUGCUAUUUAACCCGUACUUUUUUCAGUUUUCUGUUGUUCCCGUUUUAUCUUUAUGUGUUAGUUUAAAUGUCCUUGCUAUUUAGUGCUGAUUAACCCCGCUGAAUGAAGUAGAAAUAUCUCACUUUCUCUUUUCUAUCACUAAUGUGUCUUUUCGGGUUAAUAUUCCUCAUAGAAAACCAUUAUUUUAUCUAUAACUAUAUUAAAGUAUUCGUCGUUGAUUUUUUUUUUUUUAGGAGCUUCUAUCAUAAAUACUAUUAGUUGUUUUCGUAACACACUAGAAGCGAAAAUGAAGAUGCGCCACGUUAACUAAUCACCUUUCCACACCUGCCACUUAUCUAAUUACCACCUCUGCGGCCCAGGUGUACUAUUAGGUGCUAAUAGGAGACACGCAGUUAUGUACAUAGAUUCACGUCUUAUUGAAAGCUUUCAGGUAUAUUCAGGUACAGUAUAAUACAGGUACAUACGGUGCAGUAGUUCAGGUUGUUAAGUAACCGUAGGCACUGUUAAAAUGAAGUGCAAUUAAGUAAUGAUUGAUUUGAGGAGUCAUUCUAUGCUUGCUUCUCAUUAUAUUCAGGGUUUUCGAUUCCUGGUUCGCGUCUCAUUACUCUGAACAUGAAUCCUUCCUCAUACUCUGCUUCACACACUUUUUUUUUUUUUUUGUAUGAGAGGAGCACUGGCCAAGGACAACAUCUACGUAAGAAAAAAAGUCCACUGAGGUGCCACUCCCUAAAGAAGGUCAAAGUGUUUAUUCAAAGUUAGAGAAGUGUCUCGAGGCCUCCCUAAUGAAAGAAUUGAAGUCAUUGGGAGGGGAAACUCUGCCUCAUAUACUCCUGAGCUUAUUAUCAUUAGUGGUGCUUCAGUGUCUAGUUCACCUGUGAGUCUAUAUAGUGGAGGUUCUCAAGUUUAUGAGUUUAUGAACAAAGGUACCUGGGAUUUUAACUAGUUCGUGGGUUUCUUUUACGAUUUUUUUUUAUAAGAAGUGCUGCAAUGGUUAUCUACUUUAUGAAAAAAAAAAGGUACUUGGAAUGUAAUUUAGUUGGUGUGUUUGUUUUUAUGAGAUUUUUAGAGCAGGUACUUCAAUAUUUAUCUAGUUUACGAAUCCCUGGUUUGAAAAUGUUUCGGUGCUUCAUUCCGUAGUCAAGUUGAGCUGUUUUUUCCUCACUCAACAUCUUUAUUUUAUCUUCUUAUGUUCGUAUGGAGAGUAAACGUAGCACUAGAACCUUUAAAAUAUAAGUAACCUUGAACCUCAUGUAAGGAGUGACAGAGGCAUUGGAUUCAGGGAACGUAUUCUAAAACUUUAACAGGCGCCUCAUCUUGACAACUGACAGGCUACAGUUGAAGUUCUCGGGCAUCUCACGGGUGUUUUCACGAUUAAAGCGGUAAUAUUAGCAAAGAAUCCGUCAUAACUGAGGAAAACACCCUUGAUAACCUGAGUAACGAUCGCUGUGGCCUUUGAAAAACGGUCCUGAUGAGAGAGUAAGGUUUUUAAGAAUACGGCUUCAGGGUAAGGAGCUGAGGAGAUCAUCAAAAAACUGGAGGCGGGGGGCGGCUCUGCUCCGUCCACACGACAGUUCCUCCAGCCUCUCUCGCUUGCAACACCUCGCGCCUUCGGUCUGUAGGCUGUGCCCGGCCCUUUGCGGCCCUCACGUGUAAGGAAUAAAUACUGUAUCAUAAAUAAAACAGUGUACACAAGUC